AAUUAUCUGGAAAAGUUACCAUCUACAGAAAAGUAUAAGAAACGUGUCAAGUGUUUUGUUAAAAUUUCUGGUCAACCUUGCGGACAUAUAAUGAAAUCUGAUGGUAGUACUAGAAAUUUUAUUUUUCAUUUAGCAAAGCAUCAUAUUACACGCGAUAGUAAUCUAUCACAGAAUAAUAAAAAUGUUGAUGAAACUCAAAAUAUUUCUGCCAAAAAAAAUCAAUUAGAUAGAAAGUUUGUUGGAAUUAUUAUAAAAGAUGAUCAACUAAUAAGCAUUAGAAAUGAUGAAGGGUUUCACGAAUUUGUGAAAGAAUUAGAUCCACUUUAUGAAUUACCAAGCAAUAAAAAAGUGAGAGAACUGCUAGUUAAGAGUUAUAAUUUUUGUAAAAAAGAAAUUAUUCAUCUAUUUGAACAAG